AUGAGCGGCGGCUGGAACACAAUCGAGUCUGACGCAGGCGUCUUCACCUCGCUCGUCGAGAACCUGGGCGUGCGCGACGUCCAGUUCGAGGAGCUGCUCACGCUCGACCCCGCGGACCUGGCCGCCCUGCAGCCCCUCUACGGCGUCAUCUUCCUCUUCAAGUACCCGACCGACGGGCCCUACGCGACGCCCGACGGCCCGCUCGACGGCACUUUUGACCACGCAGCCGCUGCCGACAUCUUCUUCGCCGCCCAGACGAUCCAGAAUGCGUGCGCCACGCAGGCCCUGUUGAGCGUGCUCCUCAACAAGACGACAGGCGCUGCCGAUGUCGAUGUCGGCCCGCACCUGAGGGACUUUCGCGACUUCACCAUGGCCCUGCCCCCGGAGUUUCGCGGCGAGGCCCUCAGCAACUCGGACCUCAUCCGCGAAGUCCACAACAGCUUCGCCCGCAGCAGCCCCUUUGUCGACGAGACGCACCGCGGCAGCCCCGACGACGCCGACGACGCCUUCCACUUCAUCGCCUACACCCCGGUCGCCGGCACACUCUACGAGCUUGACGGCCUGCAGCCCGCGCCCAUCUCCCACGGCCCCUGCGCCGGGCCCGACGACUUCCCCGCCCGCGUCGCCGACGUCCUGCGCCGCCGCGUCGCCCGCUACGAGGCCUCGGAGAUCCGCUUCAACCUCCUCGCCGUCUGCCGCGACCUCCGCCUCCGCGCCCGCGACUUUGCCGACGACGACCUGCUGCGCCGCGAGGAGCGCAAGCGCCGCGACUGGCUCUUUGAAAACGCGCUCCGCAGGCACAAUUUUGUUGGCUUCGCCGGCGAGGUCCUCAAGGGCGUCGUCCGUGCCAGGCUGCGCGACGGCGGCGACCAGGCCGUCGAUAGCUGGGUUGACGAGAGCCUGGAGCGCAAAAAGGCGGCCGAGGCGGCGGCGUCGAGGAGAGGAGGUGGUGGUGGCGGUCACGGCGGGGGCGAUGUGGAAAUGGGUUGA